GCGUCACUGAGGCGGUAAAAAAUUGAAUAUGGUGUUUACGCGGGCUGUGUUUUAGAUCAUCGCUUUAGCUCAGUUCAAGAGUUUCGGAUUUCUACUUUCUGUAAAGAGCAAGUUUCAUCUAUAACUUGCCGAGGAGUUCACUUCUUUAUAAAGACUUGCAGAUUUAUAGCUAUGAAUUCUGUGGAGACAAGGUUUGCUCACCUAUUACAACCCAUCCGGGACCUUUUAAAAAACUGGGAUGUUGAUCUGGCCACCCAGCUUGGGGAGUACCUAGAAGAGCUGGACCAAAUGACCAUCUCAUUUGAUGGAGGCAAGACCAUGAUGAACUUUGCUGAAGCAGCCCUUUUAAUUCAAGGCUCUACAUGCAUCUAUGGCAGAAAGGUUGAACUGCUUCACAGUUUGGUAUUUCAGACAUUGGACUACAUUUCAAACAAAAACCGCAGACGUGACAAGCAAGGCUCUGCAUCAGCAGAUGGUGCAACUGAUGGAGCCACCACAAACAACGAGGCAGAUGACUGUGAGUUUGAUGUACUGGGAGAGGAGCCUAGUACUCACAGUGUGGAGAUGAAAAGUGAUCCAUCUGAACCAGUGAAGAUUGUUCGGCUCCCUCCCGAGUCUCUGAUUCCUGCUGAAGCACAAGAAAAACAGAAGUAUCCGCUUCUCAGUCUUAAGGGUGAGGUUCUUGGCAGUUGUAAAGAUUUUCGGAUCAAUAACUUCACCCAAGACAUGAUGGGAAUCCUGCGCCUGGGUCUGGGUUCCUCUUGUGUUCAAUUCAACAGAGAGGCUUCAGGGUUGGGCAAGGCAGCGGCAGUUGGUGCUAUUGAUCAUUAUGAGAAUGAUGAUGAUGAUGAUGGCCAUGGUGGUGAGGAGCUUGCUCAUCUGGUGGACAAUAGUAUGGACAUGGAACCAAAGUCUGACAAGCAUAUCGAUAGACAUCAGGCCCCCAGUGUGAAGAGAAUGCUGCGUGAGAGGCCUACAGUGCAACCAGUUGCUGAGGAGCCCAAGCAGCUGCAGGAAACUGUGGAUCCUUGGAAAUGGCAUGACCCCUAUGUACAUAUAGGAGAGGAUAAACCCCUAAAAACUGGGAAGUGUUUCAAUGUGCCCGCUGGACUGGAUGAAUCGGGCAAAAGGAAACGGAAAGGCAACUCAAAAAUUCAGGAUUUCUGGGGCUGGUGCACAAGUGCUUAUGAGAGUAUGGACCGCAAGCUUAGAAAUGGACCUUUUUAUCCUGAAUUCAACUACAUGUAUGUGAGCAAGAUGGGUCAGCGGCUUAAAUCAAGGAAGAAGUUUCUAAGAAAAGCGGGUGUGCACAUCUCUGAUGAGGAGCUCAGAAGAACUUACUUGGAGCCAGAGAAUCAAGAGGAAAAAGAUGAGGUGGUCCGUCAUCCAGACAUGGAUGGUGAUGACUUCUCAGAUCAUGAAAAUGAGAAUUUGGUUGAAGAUCAUGGACCUAGAGACAUUAGUGAACAUGGCCCAGUUUUCACUGACUCGCAGAUGGGCCGCAUCAGUUAUGAGGACUUGGUCAAAAAGAGUGUGGAGAUGUUCUUAGCCAAUUCCCAGAAGUACGCUCAGGAGACAGAGCUGUCUCGCAGAGUAAAGGAGUGGGAGGAUGAGAUCAACCCUCGGCUCUUGGUUCAGGAGGACCGUGGGGUUUUUGACAUUCAUGACUAUGGCGACCAGAUUGUCCAUGCGCUUGGUGCUGUUGGGACAAGGCGAUCAUUUGCAUCGGUUGUCAAAGGCAUGGAAAACACAGAGGCCUGUAGAUACAUGCUGGCUUCUCUUCAGCUGGCCAAUGACUACACCAUAGAGAUUGAUAAGAGACCUGGACUUGAGAGCAUAGAUACCAUUCACCUGACGUUACUGACCAAACAGCGGGCACAUGAACGCCUCAAGACCUACAGUGCCCAUCUGGAGCAUGACCUUCCUUGAAAUUUCAGAGUAUUUAUCCUGGCUCACUGCCUGUGUAUGAUUAAAAUAACACUGCAAAAGGACAUUUCAUUAUUUGGAACAGACAAACCAUUCCAUUUGGUUCCUUUGUCAUUUGUUUUUAAAGUGGGGCUUAAGUACAGUUUUUGGGAAAUCUAGCUCUGUGUGUACAUGUUCUUCAUUAUGCACAUUUGUACAAUGUAAUGUCAUUUGUGUCACUGUCUGAUGGCUUUUGAAUAUUAUAUAUUUUAUUACAUAUAUUGUUUGCACCUGGCAUUUAAACCAUCGACUGCCAUAUUACAUUUAUACUGAUUAUGAAUCUUAAAUGUUUGUCUUUUAUCAACAACGUAAUAAAGAACAUG